AUGCCUCCGGGCAGGUGGUAUGCCGUCCAUCCAGCGCAGGCCCGGGCUUCCAGGGAGCGAGCACGCCUUCAGCUGGUGAAGAAGGAGGAAGAGGAUGAAGGCUACGCUGCGGUGCAGGCUCCUAGGCCCCAGACACUCAACCUUGCUGGCCAGGAGCUGUUCCGCCAGCUCUUCAGGCAGCUUCGCUACCACGAGUCUCCCGGGCCCCUGGAGACCCUGAGCCGGCUCCGGGAGCUCUGCCGCUGGUGGCUGAGGCCCGACGUGCUCUCCAAGGCCCAGAUCCUGGAGCUGCUGGUGCUGGAGCAGUUCCUGAGCAUCCUGCCCGGCGAGCUCCGCACCUGGGUGCUGCUGCACCGCCCCGAGAGCGGCGGGAAGGCGGCGGCCCUGCUGGAGGAGCUGUGCAGAGACCUCAGGGGGGCACCGUGGACGGACCCAGCCCCUGCCCAGAGCCCAGAUGUACAGUGGAUGGGCACAGGAGCCCUACGAGCCGCCCAGAAAUGGCCCUCUGCUUCACCUCCCACGAGCGGCUCUGCCCCGGGGCACCGCCUGGAGCCUUCCCAUGAAACAGGCGUGCGUGACCUCCCGGCUGGGCCAUCCGAUACUCCCGCUGCCCAGGCGCCUGCCCUUCCCCGGGAAGAGGGCUGCCCAGGAGACCAGCCUCAGGAGGCUCUGACUUUCAAGGACGUGGAGGUGACCUUCUCCCAGGAUGAGUGGGGGUGGCUGAGCCCUGCUCAGAGGAACCUCUACCGGGAUGUGAUGCUGGAAAACUACGGGACCUUGGCUUCCCUGGUGGGGCCACUCGACAAACCUGCUCUGAUCUCUUGGUUGGAGGCAAGGGAGCCGUGGGGCCUGAAUGUCCAGAGAGCCCAGCCUAAGGCGAAGCCAGGUGCUGCCCCGGCAGGAGGGGAGCUCCAGAUCAGAUCCAGCAAGCUCAUCUUGAACUCCAAGCCUUUGGAAGAAGCUCAGGCCUUAGCCGUGUCCUCAGGAUGCCGUGUGAUGAGUGUUUCUGAGGAGACGGGGCCCCGAGAGCCCGUGGAACAGAAGAGCCCACCGCAGAAGGGAAGUGGCGGUCCCACACACGUGGGCGCCAAGAGAAGAGAGGCCGGUCUCGGUGGCAGCACGGGAAAGGAACCGGAAGACUCGGCAGGCGGUAACGGUGUCAGCCUCAGACACGCGGUGUUUUUCCGAGUCCCCAGGAGAAGAAAGAAGCACGGCCGCGGCCGGCACUUCAGAGGCAGCUCGUACCGCUGUGACCACAAGGAGUUCGGGAAAGGCCUGAGGCUCACGCUCAGCGGGUUUAACCUGCACCAGAGGCUCCACGCCGGCCGGAUCGCCCCCUCGGAGGAGGCGCGGGGGGAGGACUCGGGCCUCAGCCCGGCGGGGGCUUUCUACGGGUGCGCCGAGUGUGGCAGGACCUUCAGCCGCAGCUCCUACCUCGAAUGCCACCGGAGACUUCACACCAAGGAGAAGCCGUUCAAAUGCCGGGUGUGCGGGAGGGCCUUCCGGUGGAGCUCCAACCGUGCGCGGCACGAGCGGAUCCACACCGGCCUGAAGCCUUACAAGUGCAGCCUGUGCGGCAAGGCGUUCCAGCGCCUGUACGCCUACCACCUGCACCAGGAGUCCCACGCCAACCAGCUGUACCUCAAAGCCAGGCGGUGCCAGGAGGCGCUCGCCUGCGGCCCCUGGCUGGGCCGCCACGUGCAGGAGCGGAGCGGGGAGAAGCGCUUCGACUGCAGCCAGUGCAGGAAGUCGUUCCGCUGCAAGUCCUAUAUCCUCCAGCACCAGAGGAUCCACACCCAGGAGAAGCCCUACAAAUGUCCCGAGUGCAGGAAGGCCUUCCGGUGGAGCUCCAACUUCUCCCGGCACCUGAGGAUGCACCAGGAGGAGAAGCUCUGCCACCCCGCAGACCGGGGCAGCGGAGGCCCGAGGGAGGCCCCGGGCCGCAGCCAGCCCCAGAGCGAGCCGCCCGCGGAGGGGGCGUUCCCGGGCCAGCCGUGUGGGCAGCCGUUCACCGGGCAGAAAGCUCUCCCGACCCACCAGAGCCCCGACGCGGGCGAGGAGCCGGGCCCGGGCGGGGAAGGCGGGAAGGAGGUCACGCACAGGCCCAAGCUGAUCGUGCGGAGGAGGCAGCGGGCCCCGGACGGGAGCCCCGAGGACCCAGCCCCCGGCAGCCAGGACCCGGCGCCCCAAGCCCCUCCGGGCAGCCCGGCCUCCGACAGGCCCUUCCGGUGCGGCCAGUGCGGGAAAGGCUUCCAGAACCACUCCUUCCUCUGCAUCCACCAGCGGGUGCACACCAGGGAGAGGCCGUACCAGUGCAGGGACUGCGGGAAGGCGUUCCGGUGGAGCUCCAACCUCUCCCGCCACCAGAGGAGCCACUCGCUGGGCAAGCGCAUCGCCUACUACACCUCGAUCGCGCAGGCCCAGGCCCUGGAGGCCGAGAGGAAGGCCUUCCGCUGCCAGGAGUGCGGGAAGAGCUUCACCCGGAAAAGGAGCCUCUUGGACCACGAGGGGAUCCACAGCGGGGAGAGGCGCUACAAGUGCAGCCUGUGCGAGAAGUCCUUCGAUCGCAAGUACCGCCUGCUGAACCACCAGAGGACCCACGCGCAGGACAAGUGCGGGAAGGACUUCCUGGCCACGCACAGCCUCUGCGUCCGCCAGAGGAGGCAGCCCCGCGCGGCACCGGCGCCGGCGGAAGGCAGCCCGGCCGGGCCGUCCUCCCCGGGGGACAGCGGGCUGAGCCUGCAGGCGCUGGCCUGGGGCGGGGAGCGGGCCUCCGGGCCCGGCGCCCCCCAGGACUGCUCCGAGGCCAAGAAGCGCCACGAGUGCGGCACGUGCGGGAAGGCCUUCGGCAAGAUCUCCCAGCUCAUCAGCCACCGGCGCUUCCACACCCGCGAGCGGCCCUUCCAGUGCACCCGGUGCGGGAAGACCUUCCGCUGGGCCUCCAACCUGGCCAGGCACACGAAAGGCCACGUCGGCGAUUAG